AAUCGUUCGAAUUUGAGAAUUGACGGAUUCGGACGCUUUGUUUUUCUAUUUAUGAGGCGGAAUUUCUUAAACUAUUUUUAUUUAAAAAAAGAUAUAUAAAGGAAAUACACCACCAUGUUUGGCCGGCCAGCACCAGUUGGCAACAACAAGCAAGUGUGCAAUUUUUAUUUGAAGGGAAAUUGUAAAUAUGGGGCAAGAUGCUGGAAUCUACACCCACAGAGUCAAGGUGCCACAACAAUAACAAGUGCCUUUAGUGGAGGAGGGGGAGGAGGGGGCUUGUUUGGCCAGAAGCCCAGCACACAGCAGGACACAAAAGACUUCACAGAGUUUGUGAAACAAGUGAGUGGUGAGAUGAGCCAGUGGGAGAGAAGUGGUCAGUGGCUCCUGUCUUCGUUUGCUCCGCUCAAAUCCAAGCCUCCGAUAUCUGGCUUUACAGAUAGCUCACCAGAGGAACUCAGGGUGCAGGCCUAUGAGGCACUCAAGAGUAAUUCUUCUCAUACUUAUCAAACACAGUGGAGCGAGUUACAGCAGCGUUUCAAGCAAUUAAGAGAGGCGUUGAAAGUGUCCACCACAGAGGCUACACAGGCACUGAGAGAGGUGUUCCAUGCCAAGAGUGCGGGGGACCAGCAGGGUCAGCAGGCAAUAAACAGUCCGAGUCUGUUUGGGAAGCCCAGUGGACAGGGUCUGUUUGGCGGGUCCUCUGCUACUCCAUCAAAUAGUCCUGGCCUCCUGGGUGCAAAACCUCAGUCUUCAGUCUUUGCUGGGAACCCAUCUGUCUUUGGGGGAAGCCAGCAGUCUACUCCUGGAUUGUUUGGAGGUGCAGGAGCGAGCAGCAGUGGGGCUAACAAACCAGUGUUUGGGGGUCAGGCCACCCUCAGCUCAAGUACUUUUGGUGCAGGUGGAACCAGUGGCAGCACCACUUUUGGAAAUGCUGCACAGACACCAACAACACCAAGUGGAAUAUUUGGUGGAUCCUCCCAGGGUCAGUCCAGCAGUCUCUUUGGAGGAGGUACUUCUAGUACACCAGGGGUUGCUCAGCCAAGUUCUGGCAACAUUUUUGGGGGGAAUCCACAAAAUAUUUUUGGAAGAACCUCACAAGGACAGCCUUCACUGUUUGGAGGAAUGGCAGGGAGUAGCCAGGGCAGUGUGUUUGGUGCUGCACAAGGCACAGGCAUAUUUAGUGGUGCAGCAAAUAAACCUGGGACACCUACUGCAACUGCCACAGAGGGAGGGGUCUUUGGGGGUCAACAAGGGCUCCUAGGUGCUCACCCUCAGCAACAAAGCAGCCUCUUUGGCAAGCCUCCAGCCAGCACUCCAGGUGUUUUUGGAGGAUCUGCACCAGUCCCUGCAUCAACUGCUCCACUAAAUUCAGGAACUUCAAUUUUUGGGGGUGGAGCUGCACAAAGCACCAACAGUGUAUUUGGUGGUGGUGGUGCCAGCACUCCUACUGCAACCAGUGGGGGUAUGGGACUGUUUGGCGGUACAACACUCAGCAAACCAGACACUCCUGGAACAGGGAUCUUUGGAGGUGCAGCUAGCUCAGCUCCAGGGUUAUUUGGCCAGCCUCCAGAAAAUCCUCUUGGAAACAAAGGAGGCCUUUUACCUACUCCACCUGCAAGUCAGCUGCAGCCACAAUUCUUAGGCUUUGAUCCUGCUAAAGGAAGACAAAAUGUUUCUCAAGUUGCAAGUGGGGAUCCCGUCAAUGCUGCUGGGAACAAGGCUGAAUGGUACACCCCACUGGAGCAGCUGCAGCCCCAUGACCGAGAACAGUUUGAAGCAGACACAUUCACUGUUCUGCCUCUGUGUGCACCACCCUUGAAAUACUGUUUUUGAGAAGGAGAGGAGCAUUUGCCUGAUUAUUUUACAUUUUAUGUACAUAUCAUGUCUGUAAUAGUGAAAUUUUUAUUAUUAAACAGGAUAUUUUU